AUGUCAGUCAGCACCGCAUCCAACACGCGCCCUGAUGCCCUCGAGUUUUCCGGCGUCGGGACGGGCGUCGACGCCAUGUCAGGCACGCCGCUCUCCGCCGGGCGACGGGACGGCCGUUCGGCAUCAGAGAUGCGAUCGCUCUCCAUCUCACACGGGCCGCUCGUCGCCGCCGACGGGUCUGCACGUGUGCGUCUCGGCGCGACGGACGUCGUGGUUGCUGUGUACGGCCCUAUGGGCUGCCCCGUCCCGCGCCAGGACGCGGAACAAAUGCAUGUCAGCGUUGCGUUUCGGAGACGCGCAGGUACCACGUCGGGAGGAGCGGGGGGUAAAGGGGAUUCGAUUAACGCGGGUAAGGAAGCAAUUGCGGGAAGGGAUCUUAAAAAGGUCGUAGAGGAGAUCGUCAUGGCGAUUUUGCAUCCCCGCAAGGCCGCCGUCGUCGCGGUUCAGGUACUCGCGGACAAUGGCGGAGUGAUUGCCGCUGCUAUUAAUGGUACUGUUAUGGCCCUCGUCGAUGCGGGAAUGCCGAUGAGAGCAGUGCCAUCGGCAGCUAGUGUGUCUCUGUAUAACGGAGCCAUCGUUGUUGACCCUGUUCUCAUCGAAGAGGUUGAGGCAGAUGGUGUGAUUACGUUCGUAUUUGAUACAUCUCUUGCCGACGAAAACGGCUUUAUGUCAGUCUAUACAGACGGCGACUGUACAGGAGAUUCCAUGUUUGCCGCCGCGCUUGAAACUUCCCGCGACCUCGCCUUAAAAACAAUGGCGUUUCUCAAGCUCAGCCUUGAGCAAAAAGCGGCCCAACGACUUACCUGGAAUACAACAAAAACCUAG